GCCAGGUUAGGGUUGCCAGCUAGACGCACCAGUGACAUGUUUGGGUGGGGUUGGUCUGGGGCAGAGGAGCGGAUGAAAUACAGCAGGAUGAAUAUUAAGGUAUCACAGGCUAUGCAUAUUGCAUUAAACAAUUCAGAAGAAUAUGAUCUGCUCAACAGUACCAUUGAUGGCAUAAUUUCUAGAAGAGAGGGGUAUGCUAAAGGUAAAGCAUAUGGUCCCCUCAGGUCGGUGCAUGAAAAUGAAGAUGCUAGUGGACCAUGCGAUAUUGUUAUUGGUGAUCCUUUGAAAGUGUCCACUAAGGGUGCACCUAGGCAAGAAGCGCAGAAAUCUCCGAUGACUAAAAAUGGAAGACCACUAGGACACAAGGAACGCAGGGUGCAGGUGUGCGGGGCAUGCCAAGAAGAAGGGCAUAACAGAAGAAACCCAAUAUGCAUAUUUCAUCCGAAGAAUGUGCUGCAGCAGGAAGGGUAGUUCUUUCAUAGUUAUCUAAAGGGCAGUAAAUUUCCUUAAUUAUGAAUGGGAC